AUGGGUUUUGACAUUUACGUAAACCAAAUGCAAAAACAAAAUACAUGUAAAAUGUUGUUGUUGCAGAACUGCCACCACCUUGUAUGAAUACGCCUUGGAAUGAGCAAAGAGUUGAAUGUCAAAAUUAGCUUGGUUUUUUUCAGACAACAAAAAAUAUUGUAGAUAUUUGCAGUGAACGAUAUAGAAAAUAUUUUGUUGAGAAAAUUAAUUAAACGAAAAAAUAAUAAUAAAAUGAUUCUCUGUGGAAAUGUAUUUUUGGAUGAAUUGAAGGAUACAUUUAUUCUAUGUUGUGUAUUGUGCAAAAAGAAAUCUCGGCGUUACAAUGAUUUUACAAGUCACGUAAAAGCAAAGCAUAAAGAGCUCAAUGAAAAGGGAGCCACACCAUCGCGGCAGAUUGUAAAAAAAAUUAAAGAUGAAGACGACAGUGAUGACGAUGAAGACGAAGGCCAAGACGAGAGUGAAGAACAAAAGCCAGAAGUUGAAGUUAAGGAUGAGAUGGAUGUUGAUCCACACGAAGAGUUUAUUGAUGAUAUUAAAUAUGACGUUCAGGAAAUUGAGCCUUUUAUUGACCCUAUUUUGGCUUUAGAGGAAAAGGAAAGUGCAGACGCAACAGAUGUAUUGGAAGCUUUAGAUUCAGAUGUAAAAGAUGAAGAUUAUGUUGCUGAUGAACUAGAUAAUGAUGAUUCUGAUGAUGAAGACUAUCGUGAUGAGGACAAUGAUAAUGCCGCUGAUUCCGAGACGGAUGAUAACGAACUUCCAAUAUCCACAGACAAAUUCACGCCAACAUUCUAUCGUAAAAAACGGCAUGUAAACGAUUUCAUUGAAUUGUACAAAAGUCAACCUGUUCUGUGGGAUAUUAAUGAUCCUUUAUUUGAAAAUCCGAAAGCACAAAAAGAUGCCGAACAGGCCAUUAUAAACGGCAUGCAGAAGUUCAAUAUAUUCCUGAAGCCAACUGGAUUGAGAUCCGCAAUAAAUCAGAUACACAAAUAUUGUGUCAUAAUUAAAUCUGAUUUGGACAAUGGUGAUACCAAAAAAGUUACGUCUAUUGCAAAAGGUUAUUAUGAAAAAUGUGAUUUUCUAAAAGAUCUGCUCGCUAAAAAGGCCAUACCAGAAGGAGAUAAACAGAACAAACCACUCAUACUUGAUAAAUGGGACGAUACUACGUGUAAAUUUAUUGACAUAUAUGCAAAAUUUCAAUUACUCUACGAUGGAGAGCACCCAUUAUAUGGGAAAUAUGAGGAUAAACAGAGGGCCAUAACUGAUAUACGCAACGCUCUGCUCACUCAACAUGAAAUAGAUUUCAAUGAGGAACUUGUAUCGAAUGCUAUAGAUCAAUUACAAUCUUGGUAUUAUUUAACAAAACGGCAAAAACAUAAGAAUAAAGAUGAUGCCAAACUUGCCAAGAGUUGCGAAAACUAUUUACAAAUGUGCAAAUUUUUGCCGGAGAAGCGAUUAAAAGUGAAGAUUGUGUGUAGCAUUUGCAAUAAAAAUUUUUAUACGGAACAUAAUUUCAAAUAUCACUUAACGAAAGUCCAUCAAGUGGGAGAUUUUUCAUUUCAAUGCGAUCUGUGUGGAAAAAAACUUAUUUCGAAGUCUGCUUUACAAUGUCACGCUCAAAGGGUUCACUCUGAAAAGAAAUAUCCGUGUGUAUUUUGUGGAAAAUUAUUUGCCAUACCUUCUGAAUUGAGGAUCCACACACUGGUGCACACUGCUGAAAAGCCACAUGUUUGUGAAUUGUGCGGCAAAGGUUUUAGAUUGCGAAAUAAUUUAGGCCUUCAUGUUACACGUAUGCAUACCAAGAUACGUGCCUUCAAAUGCACCAUGUGUCCCAAAGAUUUUCUGAAAAACUGCGAUCUAAAGGAUCACAUAAAAACUCAUUUAAAUAUACGUGAUAAAAUCUGUGAAACGUGCGGUAAAGGUUUUACCAAUUGUCAUUCUCUAAUACGACAUCGUCAAAUACACUCAGAGGUUAAAAAAUUUGCCUGUAAACUCUGUGAUGCAAAAUUUCAUCAAUUUGUUGGACUUAAUGGUCAUAUGAAACGUACCCAUAAUAUAGUAAAAAAAGACACAAACAAUUAAAAUUACAAUUGUACAUGUAAAAAACAUACACUUAAAUAUAGAAUAACUUAUGUGUAUAUACACAUAACAAUUUUAAUAUAUUUUUAAUUUAUAACUUUAGAAAUUUAUUCGGUGAUUUUCCCAAGAAGAUUUUAAAGAACAUGAGUAUACUUGUUGUAUAUUAUAAAUAUUAAUCAUACGCCUAGAUUAUAAAUGAAAGAACGAAAAUGUCUCUUCAUGAGGGGUCAUUACAAAUAGCUACAGUCAUAAA